GUUCUUAUCAGUAUACAAAUACAAUAACUUGAUUUGAUAUUUAAAAACAUUUUUCCUCUUGAUUAAAGCUCACACAGUGGGAGAUCUCGAAGUGCCAGCAGUUAAUGCGAUGCUCCACAAUUUUCGUUCUCCCCGGGGAUAACAAUGAAUAAACCAUCAGCUCCAAUGUUGACCAUUGAAAAACCGGUUUUUGUUACUCAGUGCUGCUGAUCAGCGCAUUUUAGGGUUAAUUUUUUACAGCUGUGUAGUUUAUUGGAGAAUGUGAGUGUAAACGUGGCAGCAAAUAUAAAAAUUUGAAUGCUCGGUUGAAGUCUCGAAUUAUCAGGGCUUUGAGGUUAUGGCUGAUACGUAAUUCGUUAGGUGGAAUUAGUUAUUCAAUCAAGGGUGAAUAAAUAAUUCAAUGGCACUUGAUUCAAUGCGAGUUGGUGGAGGACGAUGUCCGACUAGUGUUGUUGCUGUUCUUCUAUUAAUAUGUUUUCUGUUGACGUGCAAUUGGUGGGGUCUCUCCACAGAGAAAAAUGAACUCCUCCUGCAGAUUGAUCAGAUGCGUGCAGAGAUUAAAAUUAGUCUGGAAGAACGUGAAAAAUGUGACACAUCAGUAUCCAACUUGGAACUCCGAUUUAAACAGUCUCAGGAGACAAUAGCUUCAUUACACGUCAGAGAAAAUGAACUGAGAAGGAGUAACGAUGAGUUGACUAAUUCAGGAGCAUUCUGUAACAGUGAGCUAGAGUCCAUGAGACAAUUGGGCUCGACGAAGGAUGCUGCAUUAGCAGCCUUGAGACUUGAUAAAGACACUAUUGACGAGCAAUUGAAUGUUAAACGAGAAGAGGCACAAAAACUUCACGCUGAUUUAGACAAAAUUAAAAUUGAACUGAAUAAUCUCAAUCGAACGUGCACUGGUAAAGCAGCACAAGGUGUACAAGAGCCAGAAGCAUUGGGGAAUAAUCUGAACUCUCUCGUGGACGAAAAUAAUGCUGACACGGCUGAUGAAAUUGACGACGAGCCGGCAGGUGUUAUAGAACCCUCGAAACGUCAAAGCCCAUCUCAACUUAAUCAGGACUCUAUCUACAAUCACAUUGUAAAGGACGCGAUGGUAACUCAAAAAUCCAGUAAACAAUGAACCGUACGUAUGAAUUAACGAAUUGUGUAAAUUAAUAAGAACAGUUUUAUUUGUUCAUUCUACAUUGUUCUAAAAAUAUACCUUGUUUUAACAAUGAUAUGAAAUAAAUACGUGGUGAUUUUUUUUAAA